UAUGUUUAGUUGUUUAAAUGUGAAACUCACUUUAGUCUAUGGUCUAUAACAACUAACAGUGAACAAACUAAGUUAACGUGCACUAUUGUACCACUUUACUAUUACUUAACAUUUCUAAUAAGUUACUUCUAACUAGUUUGAAUAAGCCAAACAGGAUAUGAUUAAAAGUAUGUAAAGAUCGUUUAUAACAAUGUACUGCCAGGAUUAGGAUUAUCCAGUUCAUAUUGGUAUACCAGCAGUGAAAGAUGAUGAUAGUGUUUGUGAUACUUAUCUGCUUCAAUGGUCUCCUUGUUAGCUCUGAGAGUAACUACCUUCCCUUCCUGUAUCCUACUGACUAUUCAAAAAUCAAUGCCUUCGAUGAUUAUGCUGUAAAUGUGUCACUGCCCUCCCUAAUAAGAUUUGGAUCAUCAUGCCACACUGAAGCAUGGAUAAGUACUAAUGGGUUGAUUAGUUUAGGAACAAGUUUUAUUGCCUGGACACCCAAUUCUUUUCCUAUUACUACUACUGUCAUUGCUCCAUAUUGGGAUGACAAUGACUUACGUCAGAAAGGUGAAGUACGUUAUGCUAUUAUAACUCCAACAACAAAUCUUUCAUUGUGCAAUCAAGUCAAUGAUUACUUGUCUACUUCAACUGGUAGUAGUGUAUCUGUUGAAUGGAUACUGUGGGCCUACUGGUAUGAUCUAUGUCCAUUUGGUGAUUAUUAUUGCAACAAUACUGAGUCUAAUCAUUUUCAGAUUAUAUUAGCUCAUCAAAGUAAUGCCACAUAUGCUGUGUUUAUAUACAAGUGUGGAUUGAUAGAAUGGACAAAACACAGAGCUGGUGUUGGUAUUAAUAGUGGCAAUGGGUAUUAUAAUAACCAUCUACUAGCAAAUACUUACAAUGUUACUGACAUAGAUUGCUAUGAUGCAGUAUCAGGAUGGACUAAUAUUGUAUACAGACUAUAUCAAGAUAAGUUUGAGUUCCUAUCCAUUACAUCUCACAGUACUGCAGUAUCAUGGGAUAUCAUCCCUAACAACAACAGUAUACUUAUUCUGAGCAUCACUGAUUCACUUCAAACAGUUAAUGAAACAAUUAAUGUUACUGAAUAUGACAAUGUAUAUCAUUAUACUGAAGACUUGUCUUCUUGUAAUGUAUAUACCUUCAAAUUGGCACUACUCAUGUCAAGUGAAUGUAAGGACAGCAUUAGAAUCAUCUCUACAGCAUUGACACCAAAACCUGACAAUGUAUCUGCAUUAUAUCUAACCAAUGAAACAAUAAUCAUAAGAUUUCAAAUGCAUCAGUGCUUUAUAAAGAAGAUACAGUUGCUUUUGAUUGGAGCUAAUGCUUUUAAUACAUCAAAUCUAUUGGAUAUUGAUAGUCUUCAAUAUAUUGAUGAGUUUUAUAUUAUACACUGGAAUAUAAAACUAAAUGAUCAUUCAUUGUAUUACCUAACAGUAUCAGCAAUUGGUACAUAUGGAACUAGUAGCUCUAAUGUUACAGCACUCACUACUAACAAUACCAACCAUCAAAGUCAAUCACAGAUAGUACUUGGAGUUAUCUUUGGACUCACAACACUUGCUGUUCUCAUGCUAUCACUAGCAAUGAUUGCAAUACUGAGGAAAAAAGGUAAAGCAAACUCUAUACCUCAUACUCAAGAGGCUAGUGACAUUCCAGUCACUACAAUAGAGAAUCCAACAUAUGACAUGAUAAGCAAUGAAAUACCAUCAAUUAAUACUAAUAACUAUCAGCAGCUAUACUUCUCUUAGUAUCAGUACUACUGAUAACUGAUGUUCCAGAAACAAGGCCACAAGUUUUAUCCCAUCCCCCAUACAAAGUUAAACAUUUUAAAUGAUACAUAGUAACUCAUAAAUGCACACACAAUUUAGUAUUGUAGUUUAAUGUGUAAAGGUUGAACAAAUUUAGGCUAACAAA